UAUAUGCAGAUGAUGAAUAUUCUGAAACCAAUUGCAUUUGAUGUGAUCCACUUCAUGUCCCAGCUCUUUGAUUACUAUCUGUAUGCAGUCUAUACAUUUUUUGGCCGACAUGACGCGUUUGAAUCAACAGGACUGGGCCUCAGUAGCAGCAGAUUACGCACCACACUGAACAGAAUCCAGGAGAGUCUAAUUGAUCUGGAGGUCUCUGCUGAUCCCACAGGAACUCUCACAGCUUCUGAAGAGAGAAAGGAGAAGGUGCCAAGCCCACACCUCAGUCAUCUUGUAGUUUUGACAUCUGGCAGUUCGCUGUAUGGUUUGGCAGAGAGAGUGGUGGCCACGGAAUCCUUGGUAUUUCUGGCUGAACAGUUUGAGUUUCUUCAGCCUCAUCUUGAUGCAGUGAUGCCACCUGCCAAGAAGCCUUUUCUCCAGCAGUUCUAUUCUCAGACAGUGUCAACUGCCAGUGAACUACGUAAACCAGUUUAUUGGAUUGUAGCUGCUAAGGCCAUUGACUAUGAACAAAUGCUGCUUCUCAUGGCUAAUGUGAAAUGGGAUGUGAAGGAAAUCAUGUCACAACACAAUAUAUAUGUAGAUGCUCUUUUAAAGGAAUUUGAACAAUUUAACAGAAGGUUGAAUGAGGUGUCUAAGAGAGUCCGUAUUCCACUGCCAGUCUCCAACAUCCUUUGGGAGCACUGCAUACGCUUGGCCAAUAGAACUCUUGUGGAAGGUUAUGCCAAUGUAAAGAAGUGCAGCAAUGAAGGACGUGCCUUGAUGCAACUGGACUUUCAACAAUUCUUAAUGAAACUAGAAAAGUUAACAGACAUUAGGCCUAUACCAGAUAAAGAAUUUGUAGAGACCUACAUUAAAGCAUACUACCUAACAGAAAAUGACAUGGAACACUGGAUAAAAGAACAUAGGGAAUAUUCCACUAAGCAGUUGACCAAUCUGGUGAAUGUUUGUCUGGGCUCCCACAUCAACAAAAAGGCAAGACAGAAGCUGCUAGCUGCUAUUGAUGACAUAGAAAGGCCUAAAAGAUAACUGGAGAAAGAUACUUUUCUUGUGACUUGUACCUUUUUCUGUUCAUGUGAAGCAUGCAGACAAAUCUCUCAUGGACUAAUGACACAUUCUCUUAAAAAACAUUGUGCAUGACCUUUCUUACCAGCAUCAGAGACACUCUGAAGCGGCAUCAUGUUCUAAAAUAUGACUUUUCUAUCUGUAGAAUUCUUUUCUGUUGUAUUUCUUUGUUGUUGUUGUUGUUGUUACUUGCCCUUAGUAAAGGGCCGCUGUAUAUCAUUGGUGAGCUGUAUAUUUUGCAAAACUGUAAGUAAAAUCAAAAUCAGAGAAAAACACAUUGGCUUAACAUAUAGUUGAUGCUCUUUUUUAAUAAAAGGGCUACUUGAAGACAUGUUUUCUUUCCUCCCUGCUUUCAUCCUCAGAAUUUGUGCUUUAUUAUGGACCCGUGUAAAAUGAAAGGAAAUGUACAAUAUUUGAUCAAUGUAUGUGGAUGCAUGUGGAUUAAGAGUGCAGAUCAACUAAAUACUCCUAUGUUAAAGCCUCUCAUCUUCAUAUGUAUUUAAAAAUGUCUGUUUGUUUCAGAAUUAAUUUAGUCAUAUCAAAAUGAUUGACUUCAGAUUAAUAGAAGGUAAUAAAUACUGUACACUAAUAUGAUUUCUGUGAGACUUUAUUUUUCCAAUUCAACAAUGCAAAAUAUCAUUUACAAUAGAAAAUAGCACUGUUCCUUUCAUAUCACUUCCCUUUUGUCCCUCUGCCAGUUUUCCCUGUUCUGAAGCAAUAAUGCCGGGGAAUAGGAAUAAUGGGGGUUUUUUUGGCUGAAGGUUUGGAUUGAUACUGAGAUAAUCUUACUAUUUCCUGCUCUGCUGUAGACAGCCUGAGUGACUCUGAGCAAAGCAGAAUUGCUUGGCUGCAUAUUUGUCCUGGAAAUUGAUUUGUCAGAAUAUCACUGGCUCCACUGAAGUUUUCAGGUUUGCCUU